AUGUCAGCACUGUACUUUCAAAAUUUACCCAAUAGGCCAGUAAAUAAAGAAAAUUAUACCAGAUUGCUUUUGAAGUACAUCAAUCCCAACAACAAGUAUGCUAUAAAUUCAUCAUUGCCCCUUCCUCGCAACAAAUUGCUAACGGCUCAAACGGAUUCACAACCGCUCAUGUUACUAGAUGAUCAAAUAGGCCUUCUCGAAGUUUCCAUUUCAAGGUCAUCAAAGAUGUCGAACCAGGCAUUUUUAACUUUUGCCACUCAAGAUGAAGCAAAUGGGUUUCUAAACAAAUAUACGACAACAGAAUUAAAGUUCCAGGGUCGUAAAAUUAGAAUAGAAAAGGCUCGAACAAACUCGUUGUUGGGUCUUUCAAUAGAAAUGCAAAAAAAAAAAAAGAAUGGAAAAGACCACUACCUUGGCUUGAAGAAGGUACUUAAAACAAGAAAACUUAAACGCAAGUUACGCAGUGAUGAUAUGUACGCGAAGAAGUUCAAGCUUAAGAGGCAAGUUAGACGUCUGAAGCAUAAGCUGAGAUUGAAAAAAAUAGAAGAGGCUGAGAUCAAUAAAAUUGUUAAAGAAUUCAAAACUCAUAGAUUGGAAAAUAUACAGUCUCAACAAGAGAAGCCAAAACAAUCACAGGAACCUCUUAAGCGGGCCAAAGUUUCAGAUACAAUGGAAAACCCACCGAACAAAGUUCUUCUUGUGCAAAAUUUACCAAGCGGCACUACAGAGCAGUUAUUAUCACAAAUAUUUGGCAAUGAAGCCCUAGUUGAAAUCAGAUUAGUUAGCGUUCGAAACCUAGCUUUCGUCGAAUACCGAACCGUUACUGAUGCUACGAAAAUGAAGAAUCAGUUGGGCUCUAUUUAUAAGCUACAAAACAGCGAUGUUACCAUAGGAUUUGCUAAGUAG